CAUAAAUCCUAUUAACAACUUUCUGCUGAUGGAGAUGCAGUGAGUGCAGGGCUUUCUCACUCUUUCAUUAUCUGCACUGAGAGGCCAGCUUUUUAUUUUCUAACCUCUUAAAAGAAGCAGUGGUAGAGUUGAAGUUGGAGGCUACACCAUGUCUGCAGAGAAGAAACCAAAAAAGAAAAAAGAGGAGGCAAAUGCCACAGAAACCAAGCUUAAUGGAAGUGAAGCCAAACCCAAAAAAACAAAGACCAAGAAGAAUGAAGAUGCGUCAGAAGACGACAUCCCUACCAUCCAAAACGGCAAGAAGGUGAAGAAAAAGAAAACAGAAAAGGAAGAACCAGAAAAGGAAAAAGAGAAAGAGCCAAAAAAGAAAAUCAAAAGUGCUCCAAAAAAGAAGAAAGGUUCCGGCACAGAUGAUGAUGACGAUGAUGAAGAGGAGGACACCCCUAAAAAGAAAACAAAGAAAAAGACCACCAAGGAGAGCUCUCCAACUGCAAGUUCUGCAAAAGAAAAGAAAUCUAAAGAAGACAAGGAUUCUGAAGGAAAAGAAAAGAAGUCCAAAUCAAAGGAGAAGGAGAAGAAGAAAGAACCUGCUUCAAUGUUCCAGAUAAAUGGAGAUAAAGAAACGAAAAGCAAGAAGAAAGCUGCUAAAUCAGACAGUGACAGUGAAGAGGAGACAAAGUCGACCAAAUCAAAGAAGAAAUCCACCUCAGCAUCAUCAUCCAUGUUCCAAGCAUCAGCAGACAAAGACAAAGACAAGGAUAAAGAUAAAGAUAAAGAUAAAGACAAAGACAAAGACAAAGACAAGAAGACAAAGAAAAAAGGAAAGGCAGAAGAAAGUGAUGAUUCUGAGUCAGAAAAAGAAGAAAAGUCCAAGAAGAAGAAGGGAAAAGGGAAGAAGAAAAAGGCGAGGUCUCCAUCACCUGAGAUCGAGUUCGACAAUUUGGAGAAGUUUGUGCUGGAGCCGGCUCCGCAGGGUGUGACUGUCAAAUGCAGAGUGACCCGGGACCAGCGGGGGAUGGAUAAGAGCCUCUACCCGCUGUAUUACCUUCACCUAGACAAUGAGAAAAAGACUUUCCUGUUGGCUGGAAGGAAAAGAAAGAAAAGCACGACUUCAAAUUACCUUAUUUCUAUUGAUGCUACAGAUUUAUCAAGAGGUGGAGAGAAUUUUGUUGGAAAGUUAAGGUCAAACUUAAUGGGGACCAAGUUCACUGUGUUUGAUAAUGCUCUGAAUCCAGAUAGAGCGCUUCCAGACAUGUCAAAUGCACGACAGGAGUUAGCAGGAAUCAUCUACGAAACUAACGUUUUGGGGAUCAAAGGGCCCAGAAGGAUGACAGUCAUCAUCCCAGGAAUGAACAAGAGCAAUGAACGAGUCCCUGUACGACCAAGAAAUGAAUAUGAUGGCUUGUUGACAAGGCACCAAAAUAGAAGGAUGGAAAAUCUGAUUGAGCUUCACAACAAGACGCCUGUGUGGAACGAGGAAACAGCGUCCCAUGUGCUCAACUUCAAUGGAAGAGUCACUCAGGCCUCCAUCAAGAACUUCCAGAUAGUCCAUAGCAACGACUUGGACUACAUCGUAAUGCAAUUUGGACGUAUAGCCGAUGACAUUUUCACCCUGGACUACAACUACCCGCUGUGUGCAGUUCAGGCCUUUGCCAUUGCUCUCUCCAGUUUUGACGGGAAAAUCGCCUGUGAAUAACCGAGACGUCCUCCUUUGUCUGCUCACGCUGAAACCAGCAUGCUCUAUGUCCGCACCCACAUGAGAACCAACCCAUGUCUUUAGACUCGCCUUUGUCACUUGCUGAUAACAAGCAGCGGUUCAGUAAAGUGUGACAAGAUCUACAACCGUCCUGUCGCUUAUACCAAGGUGUUUCUUUUUAGAAUCAAGAAAUAUGAUUGGUUUCAUAUUAUCUGAUCUUGCACGUCAGUGGACAAAAGAAAGUCCCUGUUUUAUGUGAAUGAUACAAAGACACAAAGUUCCAAAGGACUCCAAAAAAUGGAGAACUCUGUUUUUUUUUUUUU